AUGGCCGACACGGGAGGAGCCGGCGAACCCAUGCUGGAUGUUGAUAAAAAGGACAGGAGUUCAGGGGUCAAGUUCACUGACAGAACUGGACCUGGGGGAGCAUGCAUGUCUUGUCUGUCUGAAACUCCAGGCUGGUGCAGAAAGAACCUUCUUCUGGUGCUAACAGUGGUGGGAGUGGUUCUUGGGAUAUUCUUAGGGUUUUGCCUUCGACCAGCUGAACUCUCCGGAGAUGCAAUCAUGCUUGUGUCCUUCCCUGGCGAUCUACUGAUGAGCAUGCUAAAGAUGCUGAUUGUUCCUCUCAUCAUAAGCAGCAUGAUUACAGGUCUGGCUUCUCUUGAUCCAAAAAACUCAGGACGUAUGGGAUUACGUGCUAUCGUUUACUACCUGGCAACCACAUUUGUAGCCAUCAUUCUUGGUAUCAUUCUUGUCCUGGCCAUCCACCCAGGUCAACGUGACGAUGGCAUCAGACUACGGAGCAAAGAAGAGAAGCAUCCCCCUACGUCGUUAGAUGCUUUUCUUGACCUUCUGAGGAAUAUAUUUCCCAACAACAUCAUCCAGGCCUGUUUCCAACACACAAAGACAGUUUACGCAAUCAAGCACCCCGAGGAGUUUAUUUAUACAGCCCCCAACAGUUCACUGCUGGCAGAUCUCAACGACACACUGUCCGCCUCCGUCACAACAGUGUUAACCACCACACAAGCAACACUGGUCAACAUCUCCAGCUCUGACACAAACCAGACAGUUGUAGUUAUCCGAGAAGAAGUCACAAAAUGGGUUAGAACAUAUCCCAUGAAUGAUGGAGUGAAUGUACUCGGAAUCAUCACUUUCUGCACAGCUUUUGGUAUUCUCAUCAGCAACAUGGGAGCCAGAGGGAAAAUUAUGAUCGAGUUCUUCACAGUCCUCAACGAGAUAAUCAUGAAAAUGGUCAUUAUUGUUAUGUGGUACUCCCCUGUAGGCAUCAUGUUUCUCAUUGCUGGAAAAAUUGUUGAACUCAAGGACCCGGCCAAGGUAGGCCAGCAGCUUGGCAUGUACAUGAUCACCGUCCUUCUGGGUUUGACCAUCCACACUUUGGUGUUGCUCCCUGGCAUCUACUUUGUCCUGACCCGCAAGAACCCAUUCCGGAUUAUGUGGGGAGUCAUUCAAGCCUGGGUCACAGCGAUUGGUACUGCAUCAAGGUCA